UACGCGUUCCGUGUGAUAAGUUUUAUAUGAAAAAAAUGUUAGAAUUUUAUACAAAUAUCAAUUCGGGAUUGAUGCAGGACGGCAUGCAGCCUCCGCUCUCGUGUGCCGGAAGAACAGAACUAAGCACGAGCAUCAAGAGGGAGAAGAUAGUUGAAAUAUGCGAAGGCUGUGGCCAGAAAAUCCAAGAUCGUUAUCUUAUGAGAGUGGGAGAACUUUCAUGGCACGAACAUUGCCUCAGUUGCUGCGUCUGCGGCUGUCCGUUAUCACACACCUGCUACACCAGAAAUUCAAAACUCUACUGCAAACCCGAUUACGAUAGAUUAUUCGGCGUCAAAUGCACCAGAUGCGGCGACAGGCUUCUUCCGCAAGAAAUGGUCAUGAGAGCUCAACAAUAUGUGUUUCAUAUACAAUGCUUCGUGUGCGUUAUGUGCUGUCAACCCCUGCAAAAAGGAGAACAAUACGUUGUCAGAGCUGGACAGAUCUUUUGUAGACAAGACUUCGAAAAGGAAAUGUAUCUGAUGCAACAUGCCGAAGAUGAUAUGAUAAUAGACGAUUCAGAACGGCCUAGGGACGGACGGCGUGGACCAAAACGCCCAAGAACGAUUUUAACCUCAGCUCAGCGCAGGCAAUUUAAAGCCUCAUUCGAAGUGAGUCCUAAGCCUUGUCGAAAAGUACGUGAAGCUUUAGCCAAAGACACCGGUUUAAGCGUCCGAGUUGUACAAGUUUGGUUCCAAAAUCAACGAGCCAAGAUGAAAAAGAUACAACGUAAAGCGAAGCAGGAAGGCGACAAAAACGCUGAUAAAGAUAAAGAUAAGGACGAGAAGAGUAUCAAACAAGAGUCGCCAUCUAGUGAUCACGGCAACUAUCUCGGGCUUGACGCUGCUUACUCUGCAUCCAGCCAACCUCUUAACCCCAACCUACCUUAUUCUCCUGAUGAUUAUCCAGUCCAUUCUGGAGAUAGCUUCUGCAGUUCAGAUAUAUCUCUAGAUGGAAGCAAUUUCGAUCAACUCGACGAAGGUGCAUCUGACACAAUGAGCCUCCAGAAUUUGGAGGUGAAUCAUCACGGUCACAAUCAUUCAAACCAUGGCAAUCAUGAACCCCUUAAUCUUGGUACGGGUGCCGUCGUAAAUCCAAUAGACAAGCUUUACCUGAUGCAGAAUUCCUACUUUAGUACAGAACAUUGAUUAAGCGAAACCCGCGCAAGCCGGAAUAAUACUGCUUUGCGUUUGGGGUCCUUUAAGGGUGACCAUACAGUUAAGUCCACAGCCACUGCCACCAGUCACACGAUUACCGAAACGAAUUCAUUUAACUCCUUCUUUGAUUUUAGUCCUUUUACUAUGUCUUAAAAAUUUAGUGUUUCCUAUAAACGUGCCAGAUUCGUUCAUGAAUCUUUUGUUACGCUUAUUAUGAUUGAGAAAAAUAAUAAAACAUAUUUGAAAUUAGUAAUUAAUUAAUUACGAAAGUAAAUUUCUUUAAUUAUAUUAAGAAUUGUGUGUCUUUACCCUAAUAAUUUUGAUCCUACUCAACCCUUUGUAUAUAUAUAUACCUAAGAACCUACAUCGUAUGUAUUCAUGUAACUAAGGCAUUAUGGUAGAUAUUUAACUGUUAAAAAUUCAAUACGUAUUCUAAUAACAUACAAAUAGUUUAAUUUAUCUAUAAAAAUAUAAUUGUAAAACUGUAUGUUAUAUGUAAUAAUUUAAAAAGAUUUUUAGCCAACAAUGUAUGAAUGUAGAAACUAAGAAAGCUCUCCGUGGACUUAACUGAAAUUGUAAAUAUAAAACUUAGAACUUAUAGAUUCGUGUCUAUUUUAUAGUAUCUUGUGAAGAUCAUAUUAAUUAAGGAGAAAUCUAGUCAUAAAAUCUGUAAUAUGUCGCGAUAAUAAUUCAAUCGUAUGGAGACAUUUCUUUUCCUUAAAACUAAUUACAUAUAAAUUUAUUAAUCCCAUGAACUAUAAUAUCAGGAAAAUUAUCAUAGAAUGCAAUAAGUUUUAGUCUAAAAAAUUUAGUGUUGCUCGCUUUAUAUGAAUUAGAAAUGUAUCUUGUAUAGUACCUUUUCUGUUUAAAGCAAACUCUCUAGAAAAUAGCUCACUUUUACAGAUUACGUAGUCGAAUCUACUGAACCUAAUUUAAACUGACCUAAUGAAACAAAAAGUAUACUAAAAGUUCCAUUAACAUUAAUAUUUAUAAUAAACAGCUUUAACGUACACAAAAUUAUUGAACACGUGUAUAGAUAUUGUUCACAUCGCACUCGGGACCGAUAAAUGAGGAUGAAAGGUUAAUGACACACGGUUAAACAAUGGUGCUAAUCGAUUUUAUGUGACAAAUCAUAUGCUGAAAUCAAUGCAAUAUUCGUUCUUGCACAAAAUUUGACUUAGAAUCGCCUUUACAACUUUCUAAAUAGAUUCCGUGAUUUUACGUACCUCGUACAACGUCGAGUACGUACGUACGUACGAUACUCAUUUAUCGGUCCCGAGUGCAAUGGGAACAAUAUCUAUACUAGGUUCAAUAUUAUAUUGAAAAAUUAACUAAAAUACUGGGAAAUCUACAACUACCGACUGAUCAAAUAGAAUUGUUUAGUGUAGAGAGUUGUAGGAAUUGGCAGCAAGUGUUUAGGCAUGUCAAUAAGUCAAUAAUCGGGGAUGGGAUUUGAAAAAAUCCCUAGUGGAUAUCUACCUAUCAGAUGCCAAAACGUGAGUAAGGGUGGAAUGGAAUAGCUACUCACCCACCCUUAUUACGUUUCAAAGAAACUAUUAGAUAGCAUUGCACCACGCACAGCUCCGGACCUGAAAUUGUAUCCAAAUUUGUAUAGUUCUUGUAAGUGGGCAAGUUAUUUUGGAACUUUUCUCCACCCCGCAAAUACUAAGUUAUGUGUACUUAACUUUAAACCUUCUAGGAUAAAUUAUAGGUUCCACAAGUAGUAGAAUAAAUUAUAGUAGUAAUCGGCAUAUUUUCAUGUGUCGUCUCUAGUCAAAAAUAUACGGUUUAGAUAUAUAAGAAUGCAACAAAAUUUAUUGUUAUUCAGGUAUUUUGUAAUUGAUGUAAAAUAUUAUACAAGAUUAAGUAUUUCCUUGUUCUUUAAUAUACAUUCCCUGUAUUUCUGUAAGUCUUUAUCUCUUAAAAUCAUUCUGCGAAAUCUAAACAGCAAU